GUAACUCAAUUCACACAGACGAGUCAGCAAUGGCCAAGGAGUCUGAUCUCCCUUCCAUGAUUCGUCUCAACAUUGGGGGAAAGAAAUUUUGUACAACAGUUGAUACUCUGACUCACCGUGAGCCUGAGUCUAUGCUUGCAGCGAUGUUCAGCGGACGCCAUACUGUGUGCCAGGACUCUGAGAAGGGAUACAUCUUUGUUGAUAGGGACGGAGAACAUUUUCGGCAUAUUCUCAAUUGGUUGAGAGAUGGUGUUGUUCCCACUUUGUCAGAGCCUGAAUAUUCAGAGCUUCUAAGGGAAGCAGAAUAUUAUCAGCUACUUGGACUGAUAGAGAGAAUCAAUGCUGUUUUCAAUAAGAAAAAGGAAGACAGUGAGCCAGAUUCUGAAUUGACACGCACUGAUAUUAUCAAAUGUAUACAGUCUGAGAGAGUCAGAUUUCGAGGAAUUAAUCUCUCUGGCCUUGAUCUUUCUAAACUGGAUUUGUCAUUUGUAGACUUCAGCUAUGCUUGUCUUAAAAAUGUUUUCUUCUCACGUGCAAAUCUUCAGUGCGCAAAAUUUCGGGAUGUAGAUGCUGAGAGUUCCAUCUUUCACAAUGCGACUUUGCGUGAAUGUGAAUUUACUGGGGCUAAUCUCCGUGGAGCUUUAUUAGCUGGUGCUAGUCUUCAGAGUGCAAACCUACAAGAUGCUUCUCUGAUAGACUGUAGCUUCUGUGGAGCAGACCUGCGAUCUGCACACUUGCAGAGUGCUGAUCUUACGAAUGCCAACUUAGAGGGAGCUAAUUUGGAAGGAGCCAAUUUGAAGGGUGCAAAGUUGACUAAUGCCAAUUUAAAAGGCGCAAACCUUCAACGAGCUUAUUUACGACAUGUUAAUCUUCGAGACACGCAUUUGGAAGGUGCAAAGCUGGGUGGUGCCAAUUUGCUUGGAGCUAUCCGAUGACAUUGAACCGGAAAUGUAUGUAUCCAUCCAAUAGAGGUUGGUUUUAUUACUGUCAUAUGUGCAUAUAUUCUUUUCCUUUACAUGUAUGCCAACAGUUCUCUUGUGAUAACGAAGAAUGAAUGAUGUACAAAUUGUGGAAAAGUUUAAUGUAAUUUAAUUUGUUGUCGAGUAAACCAAACCAAGCCAU